GGAUCGUGUGGAAUGCCCUUAUCUAAUCUGACAGCGGCGCAUUAAGUAUUGAAAACAUCGACAGGGCAGCGUCGACUACAAUUACGACUACAGCCACAACAUCGACGAUCGCAUGCAGUCGUAGUCAGUCCAGCGUCGAAAGAAUCCCGCACGCCCGGUCCGAACAAACAACGAAAAUAAGCAAAACCAAAGCCAAAGCCAAAAAAAUAGCCAAAGCCAAAACCAAACCAAGUGAACUCUGCCAUCUCGCCAAUCCGCCGAUCAACAUGCAACUGCAACGCCUGAUUCUCGCCGUGGGAUGUGCUCUCAUACUGCUGCUCGGCCAGUGCAGCCAAUCGACAGAGGCGCGUCGCCUUAUCUUCUACAGUCCGCGCAGCAAGACGCUAACCGGCCAGCUGCUCAUCUCAAGUCGGGUUAAGCGACCCUGUCCGGCGGGUAAAAUGCGCGAUCAUCGUGAUCGCUGUCGGCGCGCCGUGAUCUUUGCGCGAAACAAGUGAAGUGAGUGGGGCAGAGAAGAGUCGUAUUCUUCGGGUUAUUAUUAUAAUUUUUUUUUUUUUUAUUCGCUAGGCACUUACGAUUUAAUUUAUUAUAAUUGUACUGUAGUAGUUAUACUAUGUUUGUUUUUAGUAUUUAUUGAUUAUUGUAAUUUAUGCACAUCCACGCAGUAGUAUUAACAGUUGUAAGCUGUGUAAUGCAUGUAACGAACAUGUAGACAAAUAAACGAUACCUAUACCUCAUAAAGAUAAUGCACUUUUCCGGGCUAUAUUCGACUAUACAAAUAUUCUAUACAAGAUUGUGAACAGUGAUAUUUGUGCUUCGAUUAGAGAUGCGAGACUACAAGUGUUUGCCAAUGUUAAGGCUUGGAGAUCGUGUAAUCUUAACCAAAGACGCAAAAUUUCUCUCAUCUGGAAGUCGCAGUCUAUAUAUGUGUAUACUUAAUGGCUAUCAUUCCGUCUCAUCUUAGAUCAAGAUUCUAAAAAUAUCUGUAAAUUAAAUGAAGUUCAUACAAAAUAGAUCUCUGUAAAUUUAACAAGAGUUACUGAAACAAUAAAAGUCCAACUAUGAUCAGA